GGCCAUUCGAGCUCGAGUCUUGAUACACUAACUUCAUUCGUCCAUUCCUUCACAGCGACAGAACUCAGGUGUCGACUGCACAUUGCCAUUUACCAACAGUACGGACUUCAUCCAGCAGAACUUUGGGAGCUUUUCUAGUUCAGCAACACUUCAAGAGUUCUACGAUUUGAAAAGCAAUUUCUCAGCCCUGGACGCACUUAACGUUCUCUCACGCGAACAACUGAAUGAUCUGGUGUUCACACCUCAUGCCAGAGCAGGAGACAGAAACGAAAUCCUCCGAAGAGUCUUUGACUUCCUUCUUCUAGCACCUAACAGGGACAAACUGAAUGAACUCCUGCCCUCUCUUCAGACUCAGGCCCGCAGGGCAAACUUCAGUUGUGAAAAUUACAGAAACAUCUUUGAUAGGGUGGACCAGACAUUAUCACCACUUCUUCCUAACCAGACUGAAGCUCUGCUGACAUACAGAGAUUCUCUGAUGAUGAUUCCUCCCGAUGAGUGCAUAGACAGAUCUGGCCAAUGCGCAUCAACUCCAGUAAACGAAACUGCCAUCUGUGCGGGAGUCAACAGCACUGCUUUGGAUCAGUUCUUGAAUACGCCUGUGAAUGCAACAGGCUCUCAGACUCUUUGCAACUACAGUGUCUCACAGUUUGCCUGUCUGCCAACUGUUUCUCGGUUAACUCCUCAACAAGUGGCUGAUAUGUUGGCCUGCAAACUCUCCAGCAAUGUGACAAAAGAAACCUGGAAGCUUUUCUUCACCAGAGUCAUCACACAGCUUGAUGAAGCACUGCUGCGGUUUACCAACACGACUCCCAGUCCAAGCAACGUCUUCUUGUCUGAUGUUCUGGAUGUGAUAGUCGAGGUCCGGAUCAAUCGCUUAAGUCCCCAGAGACUGAGAGAUGCUGCGUUCAUUGGCACAUGGUUCCAGGGGAGACUGAAACCAUUCUUAGCAUCAUUUUCUCAGACAUCUCUGUCCUGUCUCAGCACCAAAAACCUGACCUGUGAAAGUUAUCGCAGAAUUGUUGAGGCGUUUGUAAAUGCAGUUCCACAAGAUGGACAAGAUGUUUGCAAACCACUGCAGCCCACUCCUGUCACCCAAAGACGAGAUUUGAUCUACACAGAAUUCAUUCAUGCAUUCCUCUCUCGCAAUAACACUGACGAUCCCAGGUGUCUUAGAGAUACAGCCAACAGCACACAGUGGCUUGUAAGAAACUUAGGGGUGUUCUCACAGUCGGCUCCUCUAAAGACACUUCAGACACUAAACAGAAACUUUACUGCGAUGGAGGUCCUGCCUCUUUUGUCUUUUAAACAAUUACUCGAGUUUUCUGCCACUCCUGGAUCACUGAUGGAUCCUCCAGGUGUCAACAAUGUAAUGAAGUAUGUUAAGGAUUGCCAGUUGAGUGCUUUCUUUGACAGCCUUUCCCCAGGAGUGCAGGACGUUCCUCUCACACAAGAUGUAAAAGCCGCUCUGAUCAGACAGAUAUUUGAUCGAGCUAACCUGUCUAAUGCGAACACCAGUAAUGAGGAGUUUGUCACAUGGAUCAACAGUAGAAUAAAGCCUCUGCUCACCAACCUUACAGACAGCCUGGUCACUCCAUUUUUUGACAUCCUCAGCACAAGGGACUGCAACAUCACUCAAAAUACAGUGAAGCUGCUAGAUGGUGUCCGACCUUCCAUGCCAAAUAAUACCAAGAAUGCAAUCUACAAUAACAUUCUAAAGUCUAUCAGAGGGCCACAGCCUCUGAGAUGCUACAGGAACAACAGCUUCAUCACAUUCGUAAAUGAAAGCCUGCUAGGGUUUGGGCCACCUCCGAAUGUGACCACCCUCCUCUCUUUGGUACCGCCACCUCGGAAAAUAGAGAUUGUAAACUCUAUACCUCCUUCUGAGCUGGGAAGCUACCUCACCCAGCCGGACGUGGUGGACAGUGAUGCAGAGAUCUGUUUCAUCUUCAAAAACAUGGGCAAAACCCCAGAGUUUUUGGAAAAUAUAGAGGUACCGGAUCCUGUGAAACGUUCAAUCCUGCCCUGCGUCUGGCCUUUGGCAUUGUCAAGUGACAAUCAGACUGAGAUUGACUUGUGGUUUGACCGUCGUUUGAAGGUCUAUUUGAAGUUCUUGAACACGGCCAUACUAGGAUCAAACGACACCCUGAAUGCACCGUGCCUGUCGUACAGAAAAAUGGUCAAUGUCUUGGGCAGCAAAUCUUUUAAUGCUUCUCAGCUUUCCAGUGCGGAUAUAUACAACACAACCAUUAAGACGUAUCUUAAAACAGAUUCUAAUCCAAAAUGUUUCAACGUCACUGACACAAGAUUUAACUCAACCGCAUGGUUUGUCAAUUUCAUCGGUGUCAACUUCAUCAGCUUCAUGAGCAUUGAUGAUCUGUACUCUUUCGGUCCUGAGAGCACGAUUAAAACGUUCAGUGUGGAUCCUGCCAACAUCCAGCUGUUCAAUCAACCUGGAAUCCAGAAGAAAGUGUUAAGUCGCUACACCGAGCUCAUCUUUCUGCAAAACCCCAGCUUUAAUCUAUUUUCCUUGCCAUCAACGUUGCAGUGUGAUGCCCCGGUAUCAGUCUUCACUAAACUAAAUGAGAGUCAGACUGAGAUCAUUCUCGGAAACUUUAAAACAUCUUGCUCUGGCGUAGAUCCUCAAAUAUCUGCUGUUCUUGUUGGAAACAUCAAAACCAUAGAUGCUAGUGCUAUUCAAAACCUGGGACAAGAAAGUGUCGGUCUAACCACUGUGCAAAUAAACAAAGCACCUUCGUCGGUUCUGAUCAGUGGUCUCUCAACACUGGGCAAUGUGACCGGCUGGAGCUUUGGACAAGCCCAGGCCAUCGUAACAGUGCUUCUGAGUGGAAACUUUCAGAUCAACAGUACCAGUUUGCUGAGUCUAGGAUCUCUGAUUGGAGGACUUCCUUCAGAAAACCUGGUCACUAUUGCUCCACAACAAAUUCUUGAAACAUCUCGUGAUCCAGUGUUUGUUAAAAACAUACUCGCCGCCCCAGAGAUUGUUCAGAUGACCUUUGUCAACCAGCUUAUCAAAGUCAACACGUCAGUAUCUGCUCUAAUGUCAAAUGUUCCCAAUGAGAUGGCCCUUCAAAUUCCUAGAAACCUUCUGAUUAUUCCCGCCACAGCAGACGUAGCAGUUUUGAAACAAUUUAACGAUAAAAAGUGGAAACCUGAACAGGCCGUUCUGUUCUUCGAUUCUGUUGCUGGUGCAUUUAAUAAUUCUGACGAUCUGUCCGUGGAUGUAUUGCAAGGAUUCACAUGCUCCCGAGUACAGAAAUUCACUAAAGCUAAAACCAAGAGCCUGAUUAAUGCCUGCCGAAAAAGACCAGGCAGACCGAAUGUCAAAUUGAGUGAGUCUCAGCUGACAUGCAUGUAUAACUUAAUCAGAGAUGAUUCGCCAUUGGAUUUUGUCAGCUAUCCAAAAGAUAUGUUGCUGUACUACAAUUACGAAACAAUCCCAAAAAGCAGCUGUACGUCAUAUUUUACUGAGGUUGGCUCAGCCGAUUUCUCAGUCCUGUCAAGUGAACUGCAAGGGAAACGCGGCACUCUGUGGAGUAAUGCUCAAGGCUGCCUUAACAUUGAUGGAAAUAGCAUCAAGAAGAAGGAUUUGGCAGUGCUGGGCAAUUUGGCAUGCGUUUUAGACAAAGACAACAUCGAAAACUCCGACCCAGAUAUCCUCGAGAACAUGAAGAACUGCAAAGAUCUCUCAAAUGCGCAGAUGGGAGCUAUGGAAACAGUUCUCUUGAAGGGAACGUCAAAAUACGGACCACCAGGCAAAUGGAAUCAGAAAACACUUGACGAUCUCGGAAUUCUUCCUUUGUAUUUCUCCAAGUCUUUUUGGGGAUCAUUCAAGCAGAAUGAUUUAAAGAAGUUCCUGAAAAGCUUCCUGAAAUCACUGCGUACCAAUAAAACCCCAAAAGUCCUAAUGAAGAAAUUGUUUGGCGCUCUCAGUGUAGCAACACCACUGGCCAACAGAGCAGGGGAUACCUGUACUAAGGGCAACAUCACCAGUAUUGAGAUCAGCGGUGAUGACUUCCCCUUUGGAUAUGAUGCUACACAGUUCAGGGCUUGCCUGAGUGCCGAUGUAGUGAGGGACAACCUUGCUAGCCUGUGUGAAAAAAUCGAUGAUGAUACCUUCCAGAGAGUCAUUUUGGACAAACUCAAUGAGAUAUCACCAAGUGGCCUUUCGGAGAGUCAGGUCAAGGUACUGGGCCCGGUGUCUAGAGUUGCAACAACGGAUGAAAUUAAUAAAUGGAACAUCACUAAAUCUGACACAUUGGCAGCACUGAUGAACUCGAAUGAAGGCAGCUGGAACUCGUCACAGACCAAAGAAAUCAUCACAAAGUAUCUAAGCGCUAACAAUAGUCUGGCUGCAACUGAGCUGAAUAUAGUGAAAGGACCAAAUCUUUGCUCUCUGAACACCAGCACCUUGAAAACAAUAUCAUCCGAAAGCAUCAAGGAGGCUGACACCUUGGAUGUGUCAAAAUGCUCUUCUGACGACAAAAAGGUGUUCUUCUCCCUAGCUAACACAGCUUUCCCCAUUGCGUCUGCCAGUGGGCAAAGUACCACCCUUGCAGCAUAUCAGUUAGUUGAGUCCUAUCUCGGGGGUGCGGAUGUAACGUACAUCAGGAAUUUAACAUCUUUAAGUGUCAGCAUGAGCUUGCCCACUUUUAUUAAACUGGAUGGAGGCGUUGUCACGAAUCUCACCGUGUCUGAAGUUGUGGGGCUUCUCGGUUCGAAUCUGCGGGAUCUAAAAACAUAUGAAAAUCAAACGCUCGUGCGCAGCUGGAUCUCACUGCAGCUCCAGUCGGACCUGGAUAGACUGAAUAUCACACUGACUGGAGGCAAAUCAAACGCAACUUCACCAAAUAACUCUACGCUUACUACAACAACUGUCAUGUCUCCUUCCACCACUGUCAAAACCCUUGCAGGAGCUUCAGGAAUCAGAGCCAACGAAUGGUCAUUCUCAUUCACCAUUCUUCUGCUCAUUUUUACAAUCAUCAAAGUGGACUUAUAACCAUACUGCCAAUGAAAAAUGACGUCAUUUGUCUAUAAUUACUCAUUCUGUUUGAUUAUUAUUGGUCCCAUUCUAUAAAGGGAUAUCCUGUCUUCCAUCUUCGAUGUUAUUUAGAAUUUUUCAUUUUUAACAUUAUGUAUUCCUGUAUAUUAUACAAUAUCAAUAAUCAUAUUUGACAUCUCUUCAAUCAGCAAUAUUGCACUAAUAACAUGAGAUCAGAUGAAUGUAUAUGUAGCUCUUUUAUUUAAAGAAAUGUGCUGUCUCACACUAUGUGGAUGUUUUACUUAUUUUAAUAUGUUGGACGAAUUAAUUAUGCUAUCAAGACAAUAUUUUGGAACUUCAUUUGGCCGUUUGUUUUAUACUACACAAAAACUUCUCAAACUUUAAAAGUGUUAUAAGAAUAAUCUUUUGUUAAUCUUGUGUAUAAUGUUCUAUGAUUGGUACCUGUUUAUUUGUGAUGAUGAUCAUAUCUGAUAAUGGGAAAUUUAGUCUAUAGUACAGAAACAAAUAAAAGGUAAUCCAUGAAGAACAAAGAUAUUGGUUGUCAUUUUGAAAACUUGUCAAACUAUUGUUUAUUUUAGUUUAUUAGAAGAUUAAUGAGAUCCGGUAAGAAGUGAAAAGUGUAUGUAAGGUAAGUGUGUUCUUGAGGGAAGUAGCUCAUUCUUGCAGUUGUUCACAAAUGGUUCAUUAUUAUUUUAAGGAUAAGAAUAAAAUCAUUGAAUGAUUGGCCUGAUUAUAUUGCAAAACUGCUGAGACCAAGUUAGACCUAGUCCAUUAACAAUUACUGCGAUGAUUUAUAUUUAAGGUCAGAUAUUGAUUUUCAUGGUAGUAAUUAAAUGUAAAUUUAUUUUAUGUUGUUUU